UAUUGUUUUCGCAAUUCGUAAACAUAAAGCAAAUGAAAGUCUUUUUAAAAUAGAAAACAGGCCACUUUCUGUAUAUUUUUUUAAUUAAAUUUAACACACUGUGUCUUGCAUUGAUGAGUACAGGCCACUUAAAGUUAAUGGCGACUCCAAAUGAUAAACUGAAGCAGUUGGAAGGUCUUGAAAAAGAUCUUGCCGCUGCACUGCAUGCAGCAAGUCAAGCUGUUCUUGAGCUAAGUAAAGAAAAGCCAAGUGUAAAACAAGCAGAAACAUAUAGUUCUACAUUUCUGAAAACUUUAGAAAAUGUGGAAAAUGGUUUGUCCAAGCAUAUAACUUAUCUAACUCAAGUUUCUACUGGUCAAGCUCAUGAAGGUUCUAGCUAUGCAAGUCAAAAGAUGAUGCAAAUGGCUUGGCAUAGAUUUAAACAUACACAAUCAAAGUUAAUAGAACUGGAACGCUUAAAGGUUCAGCAUGCUCAAGAAGAUACCCGAAAGAAUAUGCACAGGCAGUUUCCUCCCUCAACUUAGCAUGUAAAAGGCAUCUGCUAUAAAUAUAUUUUGGUACAGACCAUUAUAAGAUUUUUUUUUUUUUGUUUUUUCAGCAUUUAAUCCCAAAAUAUUUAUUUUGUAAAACAUGCAAUUAAAAUUUUUUAAAAUUU